UCAUUAACCACAUUGAUGAACAAAUCUCAAACUCAAAAGCCCUCUCAUCUCUCUAUCUCAUUAUUUGUACUCUCAACACAACUCUCUCCAAAGCUUCCUCACUUCACUUCACUUCACUUCACUCACCAAUAAAGAAAAAAAAAAUGGAGUUCCAAAACCCAAUCAACAAAUCAAACUCAAGUUUAGCAUCACAACUACAAAUUACCCCAAAUGGCCAAACCUUAGAUCCCCAUGAUGAGCCCCAAGUUUUCCAUGAAGACUAUGACAGUACCUGCUCCACACCCUAUGUAAGUGCUCCUUCAAGCCCUGGCCGAGCGCCAGGACCAGGACCUGGCUCCAUCAAUGGUUAUGGUGGGUUCUAUUAUAGUGCACCAGCUAGUCCUAUGCAUUUUGCAAUGACCUCGGUAUCUUCUUCAAUGGUAGCAUCAACUCAACCAUCUUCUCCUGAUAAUAACCCAGUUCCCCUUGGUUUUGAGUUUGAGUUCUCUGCAAGAUAUGGGUCAUCAUCAGGGUCGGGUCAAACAGGAUCCAUGAGCUCAGCUGAUGAACUGUUCUUGAAUGGAAAGAUCAGACCUAUGAAGCUAUGCACCCAUUUGGAAAGGCCUCAGGUUUUGGCUCCUUUGCUGGAUCUUGAACAUGAAGAUGAAGACAAUGAAGUUGUUGAUGGCAAAGUAAGAAGCAGAGAUCUGCGGUUGAGGGAUAGGUCUUUAAGGAGAAGAACAAGAUCCAUGUCCCCUUUGAGAACUGCCACUUUGGGUCUCUGCAUUGAUGAUCAAAGCAUGUGCUUAGAGCAAGGCUUAGACAAGAAAGCUGACACAGCUGACAGCAAUGAAACCAGUGCUUCAAUGUCAGCUUCUUCUUCAAGGUCUUCUUCAGCUGGGAGAAGCUCAAAGAGAUGGGUUUUUUUGAAAGAUUUUUUAAGGAGCAAAAGUGAAGGAAGAAGCAACAAUCAUAAGUUCUGGUCAACCAUUUCAUUCUCUCCGGCAAAAGAGAAGAAACCUGGGAGAAAAGAGAAGCUAAGCAAUAAUGUGUCAAAUGGGGGAUCAGAGAAUCAAAGAAGCAACAAGAACAAUAAUAAUAAGCCUAUGAACGGGAUAUCUAAGAGGAGGGUUCCACCAUCACCACAUGAGUUGCAUUACACUGCAAAUAGAGCACAAGCUGAAGAAAUGAGGAAGAAGACUUUUUUGCCUUACAGGCAAGGCUUGCUUGGCUGCUUGGGGUUCAGUUCAAAAGGUUAUGGUGCCAUGAAUGGCUUAUGUAAAGCUUUGAAUCCUGUUUCCUCCAGGUAAAUUAGGGGUACCUACCAUAUGAAAAGAAGAAAAGUUAAUUGUAUAGAAGAUUUUUUGGUUUUGUUUUGUUUCCUUCUAGAAAAUAUUAUGAUUAAGUUCUCUUUUGCAAUAAAGGAGAAGCUUUUCCUUUAGAAAUGAUGAUGAUUGAGUAAAACAAUGUUCAAUGUUUUCCAUGUAUUUUGCAGUGAUGAACUUAUUAAAAGAAUGGGUAUAUUUUGCUA